CUGCAGAGAAAUUAUUCUUCGAAAUGAAGAAACAAAGUGCUAGCAAGACAGGAGAGAUAAAUAAUUCUGAAAUUAUAAAUCAAAAUAUUCAACCCAAAGUCGGAAAAUUUAUGUUUUGCAAUGGAGAUGUUUAUGAUGGGGAAUAUAAAAUAAAUCGUGAUCGAUUUUUUUUAGUGAAGCAAGGUAAAGGAACAUAUAUUACUGAUAAUUUUGAUGUUUAUCACGGAGAAUGGGAUGAAGAUACCUUUGCUAAUACUGAUAUACAUAUAAAGUAUAAUAACGAUGCUCAAUAUCGAGGUAGAAUUGAUUCAAACGGAAUGAUGAACGGUCUAGGGACAUAUAUAUUUCCCGAUGGAUCUUCUAUUGAAGCUAUUUGGUUUAAUAAUAUGCCAUCUAUAAACAUAAUUUACAAAGAACCUCUUGGAUUUGCAUGGAUAGUUGACGAUGUAUCAGCAAAUUCCAUCUCGUUUUCUGCUGGAAACCAUUUCUGGACCGAUAUGACAAUGUCUGAUCGAAGUACCACACAUUCCACCAAGUCUUUCAAUCAAAGUGAACUAAAUUAACCUGAUUAA